AGAAAGAUUAAGGCGGAGAGGGAGGAAGAUGAUGAAGUGGGGGUGACGAUAUGAAAGGAUUAUGUGUUAGCCGAGGAGAGCCAGAAUAAUCUCAAGACAAGACAUGACAAACUGCAGAAACCUGUGCUGAGCUGAGGACGAUGGAUUCACAGUAAGGAUAUCUUUUGGACUGAAGAUGCACCAGAGAAAACAAACGUCUUCUAUGUCCGCUCAAUGAUGCUGCAGCUGUGAUGUAUUUGCAGCCGCUUUAAUAAGAGGAAGAGAUACACACUCAGAUGAAAAAACCCCGUGCAUACAAAUGAGGCUGACAUUCUUCAGAAGUUUCAGGGUAUUUGUCAGUUUCUGCAUCCCCCCCUUCGCAAAAGCAUGUCUGAAAUCCAGCACACAAGCCAAAUCCUUCCUAUCAAAACCCAAAAUAAGCUGUGAACCUUCAGCCCAGAGAACAUGGACCCCGACUUAAACCAUGCCAUGCAGCUCAGGACAGCUACCAACGAUUUUACGAGUAUGGAUCUGCAGCUCCAAACCAGCCCCUUUCAUUCUGACGCACAGCAGCCAGUCAUUGCAUCAAUCUAUCCAUCCCUCGAGCACUGGUCAUCGACAUCUUUUCAGAGUCCAACCAGUCAUGAAGUAUUGAGCGUGUCGUCUCUGGUCCCCUCUACAGUCCUCACACUGGUGCCUCAUUAUAAACCCACUGAAAAAAAUAGCUUAUAUCCAGAGCUUCCAUCUUUCUUUGGAGAGAAUCCAGAGCCGCAACUUCCAGGAACUUCAUCUUCCCCCUCUGGGUUUUCAGAAGUCCAAGAUCAAAACACUCUGACCUUACAACUUCCUUUUAGUGAUACUCCUCCUGAAGUUCAGCAGAGGAAACCAUCAGAUGGGAGCCCGCUGGAGGAGGGAUCAGUAGGUCUCAUGAUGCCCAAAGAUUUCCCUCAUGAAGAGCCAGAUUCAGAAGCUCGGGUCUUUUCAUCUAGUGAGCUGUUCCUGAUGGUGAGCAUCCCUAUCAUCACCGUACUGGUCAUCAUCUCCGCCCUAUUAGUCAAGUUCCUCAUAUUCCCAUCUGAAUUAAGUGAAUUAUCUCCUCCUUGUGGUGGGAAGAGGAACUGCAGCAUCCCAGCACAGCUGCCCUUUUUGCCUAAGAACCCGACAAACCAGACAGGGAACAUCACUGCAGGCUGCCCAGUUCCUGUCAGUGAUGGCCGCCGUAUUGUCGGGGGGACGCUGGCAGCCAAGGACAAGUGGGGCUGGCAGGUCAGCAUGCACUGGAGGGGGCGACACGUCUGUGGAGGUGCCAUCGUCUCCCCGCACUGGGUCAUCACUGCAGCUCACUGCUUUGUCGAGAACAACAUGCUGGAGGUGUCUGACUGGCUGGUGGUGGUGGACACCGUCAGCAUCGCAGACAGCUCGCUGGGGAAACGUUACAGAGCACUGCAGGUCCUCCACCACCCUCGAUUCAACACAUUCAACAACGACUAUGAUGUGGGACUGCUGCGCACCAUCACUGACAUGGACAUGACAGGCAGGGUGCGACCGGUCUGUUUACCCAGCCCGAGUGAGUCUUUUCUUCCUGGAUCGGCCUGCUGGAUCACAGGCUGGGGAUACAUUCGUGAAGGAGGCUUUGUGACAGAUGAGCUGAGACAGGCUCAGGUCAAGUUAAUCGCUCAAUCUGACUGCUCCCACUCGAGUGUGUACGGCUCGUUUCUCACUCCUCGUAUGAUCUGUGCUGGAUCCAUGGACGGAGGAGUGGACUCCUGUCAGGGGGACAGUGGUGGACCCCUGGUGUGUGAGACAUCCGAUGGGGACUGGCGGCUGGCCGGCGUGGUGAGCUGGGGAGAGGGCUGUGGCCGACGCAGUAAACCUGGCGUCUACAGCAGAGUGACCAAACUGAUUCACUGGGUCCAAAAAUAUACAGAGGGGAAACCAGAAGAGCUGGAGGAGACCACCACAGCGAUGUCUGACACGCUAAGACCUGAACCUUAAUAAACAAUUAAGAAGCAAA